UAAGUGACCGAUCUCUAAGACCUAAUAAGCACAUGGUUCUAUUGGUCCAGAGAUGCACGGUGUCAACCUGUGACGCAGCCGGUGCACCUAUCGGCGAGGGGGAGACGCGGACAACUGACGGCUGCAUCGCUCGACGCGCCGGUCCGCCCCCCUCCCCUCCCCUCCCCUGCCCGCAUCACGACCACUCCGACUCCGCAGUGCAAGGAACUGCUGCAUUUUAUGGAAGCCGAGUCCGUGCAUCAGGCCGAGAUCAUGCUGCCCCCUAAGAAUUGCCUGCCGAGGAACUACAGCUGCAUAGCCGGGCUGUUCGGGAGCCUGGCGGCGGCCAACCCGCGCCUUGAGGACGGGGAAGAAUUCGACACGAUGAACGCCACCUGUGAAGCCAUCGAGAGCCCCGUGGUGGAGGAGAGACCGAGGGGCAGAGAGGUCUUCCUGAAGCCGCCACAGAGUCCGAGUCUGCGCCGGAGGUGCAAAUCUCUGCCCACGCCCACGGAGAGAGCGAAGUUGGAGAUAUCGCGCAGCAGAAGUCCAACUAGUCAGAAAAGGGUCCGCUUCGCCGACUCCCUCGGCCUGGAGCUCAUUUCGGUGAAGCACUUCGAUGACACAGAUGAGCCAGAGGUGCCGGAGCGCAUACUGGCCAAACUGACCAAGGCGCACCCCCACCUUAAUCAUCUGGACACCAAAUUCCCGCGUGCCCCCGCGCAUUCUAUGUUGAUGGAGUUGCAGUUCACCAACCCGGGGACACUGCCGGGCUUUGAGCAGAAAGUGAGGGAGGUGAAGGUCCUGUUAGAGACCGUUCAGGUGGACGAAUUCAGCAUGUCCGGGUUUGUGCGCGUGUUGAAUCUGGCUUUCGAAAAGAGCGUCUCUUUGCGCUAUUCUCUGAAUAACUGGAUAACAUUUAUGGACAGCCUGGCCUCGUAUGUUCCCGAAUCCAGCAAAGGGGAAACCGAUAAGUUCUCUUUCAAGAUAGUCAUGCCCACUUACCUCGACAACGGAGGCACAUUUCAGUUCGCAAUUAAAUACUGCGUCGGCGGGACGGAGUUCUGGGACAAUAAUAACGGGAACAACUACAAAGUUCGGCGUCACCGUUUCAAGAUGUCUCCACCACGGGAAUGGGAGAAUGGAUGGAUUCACUUUAUCUGAGCUUUGUCGUGCUUGUGGUCUGCAGUUGCACACUGCGUGCGUAAUCUGCGCGUAACUGAUCACCGGGCACCUUAAGUAUGACUGUGGCUUAUUAAAGAUGUUAUUUUCCGAAAUAGUGAGCUACACGUAGAGCCGCGACACUGAAAAUACUUUCUCAUUAUAAUUCAAAUAUUUGCCCCGGCGCGGUAACAUAUGUACGAUCAAAGAUUACAGUAAACUCCUUUGAUGGGUGCCUGGAGGGGGAUCCUGGUAGAUAAAUUGCCUUGAUGUCAGGGCCUUCUGUUGGUGACCUUCGGGAGGGCAUAGUCACGUUAUGUAAUGUAGAAACACGUGCCAUGGGAAACGUGCAGGGCAAUGCCAACGUUUGGCAUCACUGUGCCUUUCAGGGGAUGCUGAAAAAAUGACGAUGGCAGGGAGAUGUUUAAAUGAUCAGUUUGUUUUGCAUGUGUGCAAAUAUAUCUUGUUGAUAAGAACCAGAAAGCCUCACAUUUGGGCUAAUAUGGAUAUCCUUGGAACCUUGGAAGUCUCCUGCAGGCUGGGAGAAACAUACACACUUUGUCUUAUUGAGUUGACGAACAGAACCAUUUGGCAGGUUAUUUUAUUUAAAAAAAAACAAUUUCCCUCUGUCAUACCUUUGAAAAUGCCUUAUUUAUAGCCUUGAUGCGGGAAGUUGUGCAGUGAAUAUUUUAAAUACAAUAUUUUCUUCAUUUGGCUUGACUAAAUGCAUUUUAUGGAUAUUAUACUUCAUCUUUUAAAAGUUCAAAAAAUAAAGCACAGGAACUGAGAUUUAGUUUGGGCUUUUAAUCCUCAUAAACCAGCAAUAUAUUUGCACCUAUUCAACACACAUUGUAUAUUUAGUAGCAGAAUUAUUGAAAAAUUUCAAAGUUCAAAAGUCAAGGGUCCCUAACCAAAGUUCAAAGGCAAAGAAAACGUUGUAGCUUAAUUCUAACUGCUUCAUCCAUCAAAGCAUAAAGUGUUUAUGAAGCCUCAACACUCAUACUGUGAUGAGAAGGAACCGCUUGAGUUGUGGUUGCACCAAGGAAAUACAUUUAUAGUAGCAAUGUUUUGCCAGGUUAUAUUUACCUCAGACCCUUUCUCUUCUUCUUCUUCUUCUUCUUCAGGUUGAGCGUUUUAAAGCAGUUUUUAUUUUUGCAGCAAUUAUUUUCUAGCGGAUACAUUGAAAACACAAGGUGUAUUCAUUUCUAUGGUUGACUGCACUGUGUUACUGUUUUUAUUGACGCAGUGUUUUUGACAAAGUAGCUAUUACACGGAAAAAUGUUUUCAACUGCUGUAAAAGUGUAUGAUAAUAUCCUCGCCACUGUGCAUGAAUAGUGCUGCGCUGACACCGGACCGAAGUGGUGUCAGCCGCCCGGCUGUUGGAGACCUCAUUUUCAUACCUUAAACCAUAAAUGAUGCUCACCAAGCAGUCUUACCAGUUCCAGACAAAAGCUAUUCCCCUGGAGGUCUGUCUUCCACACCUGCUCCAAACCUUAAGUGAUCAUGUACUCUGUGGUGAACAUGCUUGCAUGUCAUAGGAAAACAUGUAUAAUCCAAAAGCUAAUGUUCAUCGUGCUUUCUGCAAGUGUGGAAUAUCAUGAAUUAUUUUAGCAUGUUGAGACUCCAGUUCAGCAAGUAGAGGAACAACAGGCUCCACGUUUUUAUUUCCAGUGCUCUGACGGUAAUCGGAAGAUCGCUUUUGUUUACAUCAUCACGGCCUUAGAGGGAGGCUCUCCAUUUUAUGAGCCCAUCAGGUUGUGAUGUGGAUAAAGACUAUUCCCGUAAACACUUUGUCUUUGGAGCAGUUCCACUGGGAAUCCAUCCGUAAUGUUUGUCUCUAAAUACAAUGUUGUUGGAAUAGUUUUGCUGAAGUGAUAGACAGUUAAAGUGAGCUUUCUCUCUAUUUAUCACACGCAGACUAGCAUUUUCUCACCUGUUAGUUUAAUUUCACUGUGGAUAUAAAAGCUGUGGCCUCGACAAUGCUUAAUGUGUGUUAUGUUGUUGCAUCAGUGUGUAUUUGCACAUUACUUGUUCUGUAAACCUUGUACAAACUGGGCCAUACCAGAACACAUUAUAUGAAUCAUCACUGCUAACACAGAUUAUAUUUUUUAGAUUUUAACAUGUCCUGACCAGAUUUAUGUUGUACAGUUUAAGAUUGCUUGGACAACUUCACAUAAAGGACAUUAACAUGUCAUGAUGUGGAAACCAGUAAAAUACCAGCUCAAAGUUUUAUCCUGGUAUUUACCACACUGCUGUUUGCAUCCCUAGAACACAAAGGGCUUCGGGUCUAAUUAGAUUUUCUUCUCAACAAAUACAUUACAGUUUUAAUCAGAAUUCACAGGUAUAUAGAUAUGUAUAUAAAUGUCUCCAUGUUUCAUAUUGAAUGUCUUCCUGUUAUUGUUCAACGUUUUGUGUAUUUUGAAGUAUUGAGGUGAAUUGGGCAAGAUGUCUUCAGAUGAUCAUGGGAAGUUGGGAAACAAUGUACCAAUGUACUUGCCCAAACUCAAAGAAAUCCUAAAGCACACUUGCUAUUAAUUAUGCAUGUAUGAUAUAUAUAUAUAUAUAUAUAUAUAUAUAUAUAUAUAUAUAUAUAUAUAUAUAUAUAUAUAUAUAUAUCAUACAUCUCCUGAAUCUCCUGAUAUAUGUACCAAAAUGGGAGCAGUGUAUCUGAAUGAAAGGAAUACAAUGGAAACAACUGUGUACACUGCCUUACUAAAAUAUAAGUUUGCUUAGCAAUGUGUAGCUGAAGGAAUGAAGAACGCAAAUGCUUGUUUGUUAAGAAGUUGUGAUUACUGAUGGAUGAAAACAUGGACUCUGGACAAUGACAGGGGGAUCUAUAUCUAUAUAAGAGUGCUAAUCCCAGAGCCACUAAUGAGCGACUUAUGAUUGUAGAUAUACUGUGCAGACUCAGUCAACGCAGGUCUAAUGCACUUUGAGUGAGAACAAGAGAAGAGGUGGGAAGAUCACUAUAUUUAUAUAUAUGUUAUGUGUAAUAUUUAUGUUCUGUCACUUUGGAAAAGCCUAAAUUAGUCAUUUUAAUAACCAGUCAUGGUACUGAAUAGACUGCCAAGUCUUUUGGUUUUGUAAAUCCUAUGCAACCGUCUGUUGUAACAUCUGAAGUCAUUUGUCUGUGUUCAUCUAUAAUAUGUGCUGUCUUUUGUUUUCUCUUUUGAAGUGAACCAUGUUUGCAUGUCUAAAAUACCUGUAUUUGUACUCUUAUAUUUUGUUUAAACAAUGGUUAAUAAAGGCAUUUGUGAUGGAAACUAAAUACUCAACCAGAGAUUGUAAUUUUCAGAUUCUAAUUGCCCUGCAUUAUGUC